GGGAGGAGGGAGGCUGAAAGAGGAGGAGGAGGUGGUGGGAUGCCGGGAGGCGCAGCCGGUGUUAACAGCUCAGUCCGGGUGACGUUGAGAGCAGAGAGGGAGCUCUGUGGUGUGUCCGAUCCCCGGCGUUCAUGUCAGGGCCCACACUGCUGCCGGCGCGGCGCUUGCAGGGAGGAGGAUGAUGACCAUGAACGGCAAGCAGCAUUUCUCCAUGCACCCGGCCCUGCACGAGCCCAAGUAUCCCGGCCUGCACGCAGGCUCGGAGGGCAUGCGCAGAGUCUGUCUGCCCGCCCCGCAGCUGCAGGGCAAUAUAUUCGGAGGCUUUGAUGAGAGCCUGCUGGCACGGGCAGAGGCUCUGGCGGCUGCUGACAGCAUUGUCUCUCACGGCAAGAGUCACCCGUUCAAACCAGACGUGACUUACCAUACCAUGAGCAGUGUCCCCUGCACCUCAGCCUCCUCUUCUUCCUCCACCACCGUGCCCAUCUCCCACCACCACCACCACCACCACCUCGGACAGACCCUGGAUGCCGGGGACCUCCUGGAGCACCUCUCCACCAGCCUGGCCGUGACCGGGAUGGGUGCUCCGGAGCCUCCAGGGAUGACGGCGGCGCACCACCACCAGCACCCUCACCACCACCUGCAGACCAUGGGGCAGCUGCACCAGGCGAUGGCCAACAUGGCCCACCCCCACUCCCUGUCCGUGCACGGCGGCAUGGCGUGCGUCAACGACGUGGAGUCGGAUCCCAGGGAGCUGGAAGCCUUCGCCGAGCGGUUCAAGCAGAGGAGGAUCAAACUCGGGGUGACCCAGGCGGACGUCGGGUCAGCGCUGGCCAACCUCAAGAUCCCCGGGGUGGGGUCCUUGAGCCAGAGCACCAUCUGCAGGUUCGAGUCCCUCACGUUGUCCCACAACAACAUGAUCGCGCUCAAGCCGGUUCUCCAGGCCUGGCUGGAGGAAGCCGAGGCUGCGUACCGGGAGAAAAGCAACAAGCCGGACCUUUUCAGCGGGAGCGAGAGGAAAAGAAAGCGCACCUCCAUCGCCGCGCCGGAGAAGCGCUCUCUGGAGGCGUACUUUGCCAUCCAGCCUCGGCCCUCCUCGGAAAAAAUUGCGGCCAUCGCGGAGAAGCUGGACCUGAAAAAGAACGUGGUUCGAGUGUGGUUUUGCAACCAGCGGCAGAAACAGAAACGAAUGAAAUACUCUGCGGUGCACUGACUUUCACAUCAUGAAUAAAAUAGCCUACUACAUUUUUGAUCGAGUGAUUAAUAAUAGCCUAAGUAGCCUCACUAACAGGAUUUAUCAGCAGCUCCUCAUCUGGGAUUAUCUCCAAAAAAAAACUUCUGAUCAGAUUUUUUUUCAUUUCGUGUCACUCACUCUUCGUCGAUGCACUUUUUUUCAAAUGUUGUUUUUUGUUUUUGGGAUGCGGGACUAAUCGAUGACGUGUGUUAUAGAUCUGUGGUCAGGGUUGAUUUCAGUGUUGUUGGUCUCGUGUAUCCUCGCGCACACUUUUUCGGUAAAGUCACCCCCCUGACAGCUCGUCACAUUCAGGGAUCUUUUUUUGAAAAAGAAACCCACACACGUGGAGUUGAGAUGCCGUUUGUUUGUAAAAACUGAUGCUUUGUGAAGAAAGACGAGGAAAUUGUGGGUUUUUGUUGAAAAGAUGAUUGUUUUUGUAUUGUUGGCUGAGGUUGAUCCUCCACUUCACUGACUGGCUCACUAUGCAGAAGUUCACCAUCACAUCUUCAACUGUAUUUUCACCUGAUUUUUAUUUUUAAUUUUUAUUUGAACUCCACAAAUCAAGACUUUGGUGGAUUUCAACGAUGAAGAGGAGUUUAAAAAAAAAAGAAAAAUCACACUUUUAUAAAACCAACACCACAAUUUUUUGCAAACGAAUCUGCUCUUUUUUCCUGAACUUUACGAUCGUCUUUUACGCACAAAAAAAAGAGUUUUUACAGUAACUCUUUCACAAGGUAUUUCACACACUGAAUCUAUUUAUCUUUAAUUAUUAAAUAGAAUAAUACAAUGACACUGUUAUAGGCUGUAUGAGGCACAUCCGUGUGGCUUUUGGCUGCUGCUAUAUUUUAAUAUUUUGACGUGGACAUGUUUUGGAGCAUUACAGGUGAGCUAUAUAUUUAUUAUAUAGCCCAGAUAUAAUAGACAGUAUAUAUAGGCCUAUACAUCACCUGCUUUAAGUAUUUAUUUUUUUUCCUCACUCUUUAUUUCACUUGAACAAAAAAAAACAAAAAAAAACGUGUGAAGUUUAAACUUAAUAAAUGAUUGGUUAUUUUCUACAAAAAAAAAGAAAAAUAUCCUCUGAAGCA